GAGGCAGCUUCUGCUGGGAUGGCAGCGCCAGCAUCUCUGAGAGCCGCGGGGGGCCCAGCCCCCCAGGGGGCACCCUAGGCCUCCCACGGCUGCCACUCAGCGCGCCCUCCCGCCCGUGGGCCCCGCACCAUGGGCGGCUGCUUCUCCAAGCCCAAGCCAGUGGAGCUCAAGAUCGAAGUGGUGCUGCCCGAGAAGGACCGGGGCAAGGAGGAGCUGUCCGCCGGCGGCAAGGGCAGCCCCCGGGCCUACCAGGGCAACGGCGCUGCCCGCCACUUCCACGCAGACGAGCGCCUGCCUGCCCCCCACCCCUACCCCGGCACCCAGGACUGCGUGGAGGCCGCUGUCUGCCACGUCAAGGACCUGGAGAACGGCCAGAUGCGGGAGGUGGAGCUGGGCUGGGGGAAGGUGCUGCUGCUGAAGGACAACGGGGAGUUCCACGCCCUGGGCCACAAGUGUCCGCACUAUGGCGCGCCCCUGGUGAAAGGGGUGCUGUCCCGUGGCCGGGUCCGUUGCCCCUGGCACGGCGCCUGCUUCAGCGUCAGCAGCGGGGACCUGGAGGACUUCCCGGGCCUGGACAGUCUGCACAAGUUCCAGGUGAAGAUCGAGAAGGAGAAGGUGUACGUCCGGGCCAGCAAGCAGGCCUUGCAGCUGCAGCGAAGGACCAAGGUGAUGGCCACGUGCAUCUCGCCAAGCGCCGGCCACAGCGGCAGCACCAACGUGCUGAUCGUGGGCGCAGGGGCAGCCGGCCUGGUGUGCGCGGAGACGCUGCGGCAGGAGGGCUUCUCGGACAGGAUCGUGUUGUGUACUCUGGACCGCUACCUUCCCUACGACCGGCCCAAGCUCAGCAAGUCGCUGGAUGCACAGCCGGAGCAGCUGGCCCUGAGGCCCAAGGAGUUCUUCCGAGCCCACGGCAUCGAGGUGCUCACGGAGGCCCAGGUGGUCACGGUGGACGUGAGGAACAAGAAGGCCGUGUUCAAGGAUGGCUUCAAGCUGGAGUACAGCAAGCUGCUGCUGGCGCCUGGGAGCAGCCCCAAGACCCUGAACUGCAAAGGCAAAGACGUGGAGAACGUGUUCACCAUCCGGACGCCCGAGGAUGCCAACCGCGUGGUGAGGCUGGCCCGGGGCCGCAACGCCGUCGUCGUGGGGGCCGGCUUCCUGGGGAUGGAGGUGGCCGCCUACCUGACCGAGAAGGCCCACUCGGUGUCCGUGGUGGAGCUUGAGGAGACACCCUUCAGGAGGUUCCUGGGAGAGCGCGUUGGCCGCGCCCUCAUGAAGAUGUUUGAGAACAACCGCGUCAAGUUCUACAUGCAGACGGAGGUGUCAGAGCUGCGGGCCCAGGAGGGCAAGCUGAAGGAGGUCGUGCUGAAGAGCAGCAAGGUGGUGCGGGCCGACGUCUGCGUGGUGGGCAUCGGCGCGGUGCCUGCCACGGGCUUCCUGAGGCAGAGCGGCAUCAGUCUGGACUCCCGAGGCUUCAUCCCUGUCAACAAGAUGAUGCAGACCAACAUUCCCGGCGUGUUUGCAGCCGGCGACGCCGUCACUUUCCCUCUGGCCUGGAGAAACAGCCGCAAAGUGAACAUCCCCCACUGGCAGAUGGCUCACGCCCAGGGGCGCGUGGCGGCCCAGAACAUGCUGGCACAGGAAGCGGAGAUCAGCACGGUGCCCUAUCUGUGGACCGCCAUGUUUGGCAAGAGCCUGCGCUACGCAGGUUAUGGAGAAGGCUUCGACGACGUCAUCAUCCAAGGGGAUCUGGACGAGCUCAAGUUCGUGGCUUUUUACACCAAGGGCGACGAGGUGAUCUCCGUAGCCAGCAUGAACUACGACCCCAUCGUGUCUAAGGUGGCUGAGGUGCUGGCCUCUGGCCGCACCAUCCGGAAGCGGGAGGUGGAGCUGUUUGUCCUGCACAACAAGACCGGUGACAUGUCCUGGCUCACAGGGAAAGGCUCCUGAGUUUGCACACAACACAGGCUCGCUGGGGCGCCAGGGACAGAGGCCAAGCCCCAGAGGUCAAGUGCCAACCUCCAGUUCCCCAGGACCCCCGGGGGGCAGACCCUGAGCACCCCCCAGUGCUUGCCUUCGGCUGCCUGGCUCACCACCCCGCACCUUCCAGAGAGUCCUCUCUGGUCUCCAGGAGAUGCUCACCACCCAAGGCCUGCAGUGCCGACUGAUGGCUGGCAGUGGGGGAGGCGGGGUGGGCUUGCUUCUUCCUCUACUGGGACUGGUCCCCUGUGGGACCCUGCAACGUACUAGAUAUUAUCUUAACAUUAA